AUGUUACUUCUGCGUUACUAUGGCCUCACAACAUCAAAGCCAAAUAAGGAUUUCCUUUUCUCUUGGUUCGACAUAUUAUUAAAGUCAUUUAUAAAUACUCUAUACAACUGCAUCACAUGCUAUUGUAAAUACGUUUAUUAUAAACCAUCAUUAUUGUAA